GUUGUAAACAUUGAUGUCAAAAUUCAAACGGCCUUGACAAUUCAACGUGUAAACAGUGUUCACGGGAGGAAAGAAAGCAUUGUUAGAUAGGCAAAAAUAUGCCUUUUUCAGCUUUCGUCAACUAGAGUUGGUCAAUUUUUCGGGAUUUUUAUUUGUAAUAUACUACAGUGUAGAUGAGAAAGUGUACUUGUAUCUCAAAAAGGCUAAGUAUGUCAAAACUUAACCAGCAAGAUAGAAAAGACUUGGAAAAAUUCACAAAAUUUUUAAUUUAUAAGAGUUUGCAGAUAAUUGUACAAUCCAGACUUGGAGAGAGGAUUCAGACGAAGUCCAAACCAUUUUCAUCUGGUGCAGACUGGUUCAACCUUGCAAUAAAAGAUAUAGCAGAAGUACAUUCUGAGACGAAGAAAGCACUCGCUGGACAGACAACUCUCCUGAGUCAGAAUGUGUGUGUGGAGAUUUCACUCAAAACUUCAGAGGGGAGUUCCAUGGUGCUAGAAACAUGGUACAUAGGACUGAAUAAAGAGGUCUGUGAUAUAAAUGCUCGGGUUUCCUACACUGUCUACAACCGCAUGGGUAUAGCAUUGAAGACCUUAUUCAGCGUUUCUCGUGUCACUCCUGCAUACAAGCUCUCCCGUCAUCAGGGAGCAUGUGCAGAUGACUAUGUGAUAUGUUACCGAGUGUACCAAGGGGAGCCCCAGAUUUUCGUUCUGGGAGACAACUACCAUUCUGUAAAGGUCGGAUCAGUGCCAACCCCAGUUGGGACCAUUUAUAUAAACUUGGCAUACAGAACUAAGCUCCUCAUAACACCACAGAAAUCCUCUAGAGAGAUCCCUUUUGAACUGAAGGAUGAUCAUUUUAAGAGAGACAAUAGUCCCAGGAGAUCUACCACACCAAAGCCAUGUGCACAGGGAUAUAGAAGGAACAGUACCUCAGAAGACCUUUUUGGAGACGGUUUUGAAGUUCAGGAGCUGUGUUCUACUACCUUUGAUAACAGCCCUGCUGAAGCCUUCUUUCAUGGUUUGGUACAAAAUGGACAGUUACCAUCUAGUCAUCUACCAUGUCUACAGAAGACAUCGAGCAGAACUCUAGAAGAUGAAGAAGAGAGCAGGGCAAAAUCAAAAACACAGGAAAGUAGUAAAAAAAAGUUUAGUUUUGAAUCAUAUGAGAAAGUUGGAGCAUUUGCUGAGAGGAGGAAACCCAAGGAGAUCUUUGAAGAAUUUGAAGAUGUGCCAUUCCUAAGCUUACUUUUGCCAGAUAACAAACCCGACACUUCAAUUGAAAAAUCUAGUGAGGAGCAGAAUCUUCAGGAGUCAGAUGACAAAGUCUCUGGGGAAAAAUCUAGUGAGGAGAAGGCACUUGAAGAGGCCCUUCUUUCACCAUCAGAGAGUAACUCCAGCAAUGCAUCAGCUCCAGAUGACUUUGUCAUGGUGGAACUGAAAACCCCCUUUGCUGUAACAGAUUCCAACAUGGACCUAGGAACAUUUUACAGGGAGUGCCAAAGGGCUCCUCAGCUAACCAUGUGUAGUGAUGAAACCACAAUCAGUGAGGCUCUGGAGGAAAUUUCUAGUCAGAUAGAAAUGUUUGAGUCCAAUAUUGAGGACUUUGACGACUUUGUUACCUCAGUAACAGAGAGUGUUUCUGUAGAAGAUCGCAAUGAAGCAGGGAUUCUACAGUAGUUUACAUUGUGAUGUUGAAAACUGUACAGUGUUUGUGAAUUCAAACCCAUGUUGACUAGUUUGUUACUUUCACUUUCACGUUCUCUACUUGACAUUUGAAUGCAGUAUAUGGUGGUAUUUUUGAUGGAUGUAAAAAUUUGCACGUUCAAGGUGAAGGUGUAUUCAUUAAUAAUUUUGAUGGUUUUAAAUUUGGAGAUUUAUUAAUAACUACUAAACUACUAUAAAAAAUAAAAUAAAAGGGCAAUUCUAAACCUACCACCAAAAUAAGUUAAUCAAUUAUAACAGAUAUUAAUUAGGGCACUAAAUCUUCAAAAUAUUGUCAAUAUAAAAUCUAUUUCGUAUUUGAAAUCCAAAACCUGGUAAUUUAACUAAGUGAAGAAGUCGAGAAGAACUUGUCAGGAUCAUUGACUGUGUGACUGAUGGAGAAGCACAUGAGCCUGUUGAAUGGGUUUUGCAGAUGUGAAUGUGAGCAAUUUUUGCCAACUCUUCAGAUAUCCACAUUCAUGUGCAGAUCCAGGAAGAUCCUAGAGGGCUUACUACCAGCUAUUUCUAGUGGGAUGUGGGAGGUCCAACCUAUACCAAAGGUCUCAUACAUAUUUAUUUUUGACAGAUAUCUGGGGGAUGGGAUAUGGACACCUAUAGUUCCCUGGAUCUGCACAUGAUGUUGAAAUGGAUUGCAAUAUUUAUAUAUAAAUGUACAGGAUGUAAUCAGAUUCAUGUACGUGUAAUUCAUUAUCAACUCAUGUGCUGUACCUUUGCCAAAUAAUGUGAUUUUGUUUUAUUUAAUACCUUCAUGAACAUGUAUGAGUAUGUAUUAAUCUUUUGAGAAAGGUUAUUAUAAAGAAUUGCUGGUAUUCUCUUUAUCUUCGUUUUCAACAAAAUAUAUUAUUGCAUUCAUUGGUGGUCAAGGUAAAUGAAUAUGUGUUGCUUACUGCCAGCUGCAAUGUGAUUGUAAUCAUCAAGCAUUACGCAACUUGCUCGCAAUUCUAACCAUUGAAAAUUGAAGAGUCUUUUGACUUUCUGCAUUCAACUUUAUUGGAAGAAAACCAUCCACAAUCUUUACACUAAGUUUUUUUGUAUGCAUUGCACCACAGGGACUUGCUCCUGUUAAAAAAGUGUAAACAACACUUAUAUUCAAAAUAUAGUAUUGACAAUACUAAAUUUUGAAUAUAAUACUAUUAUUUACAAAUUUUUUACAGGAAUAAGCCCUUGAUUGUAUUUUUGUUUUUGUCACAUUUUAUUUUGUUACUAACAAAAUCAAAACAAGACCCAAAUAUGUAUUGUGAACUAUUUGCACUCUCAGAUAUGUUUCCUGUCGUUACAUGUUCCUGUUUUUCAAUAAAUUGACUUUUGGUUCAAAAUAAGUCAU